AUGACAUCAGACGAAGUUUAUAAUUCAGUCAAAAACCUUCCAUAUGCCGACCACCUCUUCAAAGCCACACCUAAAUUCAUUGGUCCAAUCAAUUUUACUUUGGAAAGUGACUCGAGCCGUACUGCCACCUUGUUCACCGUUUAUGAUGCCAAAGACGUUCCCAUGAAUUUAAUCCAAGUAUUAGAAGAUGAGUUCAAUCAGGUUGUUGAAGAAGGUUCAAAAUAUCCCCAUCAUAAACCACUCCAUGCAGAUGAGUUCAUCAGAUAUUGGUUCACUCAUUGUGUGGGUAUCUUGAUCGAAGGUGACUAUGGGUCCGUAAUUGACGUUGGAGAAUUAUCAAUUGAACAAUGGCAUGACAAAUUCUUGGGUACGUUUUUUGUUAAACCAAACUAUAUCGGAAGAUGUUCCCACAUCUGCAACGGAGCAUUCAUUGUCAAUCAUACCAAACGAAGAAUGGGGUUGGGUAAAGAAUUGGGAAAGAGAUAUUUAUGGAUUGCUUCGAAGUUAGGAUAUGUUUAUUCGGUAUUUAAACAGGUAUUUGAGACUAAUCUUGCUAGUGUGAAAUUAUGGGAUUCUUUGGGGUUUGAACGAAUUGGGUAUAUCAAGAAUGCUGCUGUCUUGAAAGGGCAUGAUAGAUUGGUAGGUGUAUAUAUGUUUGGUAAAGAUUUGCAAUAA